AAAAAAAAAAAUCCCUGAAAAAAAAAAAAAAUCAAGCGAGUAGAUAAAAGCGCCUUGACUCAACAAGUGUUCAGCCUCACAGACAGAGAGUGAGAGCGGCGGGAGACGGUCACAGAAAUGACGGAGCGCUCAAAGCAGACUGAGUUCACGUCAAAAGACAAAAAAGAAACCAGUUUGGUUCUUAAUGGACACUUUGACGUAGUGCUCAAAAGACCUCCUGCUGCUUCUCAGGGUCCAGCCGCGGAGUCCGGGGCGCGCCAGUCGGUGGCGGAGAACUGGAAAGAGGAGCAUACCAGAAGCGUGGAGGACAACGAAGUCAGCCUCCCGUCUCUGGCAGAAGCUUACACCACUAUUUUACGUGGGCUCGGGGAAGACCCACAGCGGCAGGGGCUCCUCAAAACUCCCUGGAGAGCCGCCACUGCCAUGCAAUUCUUCACCAAGGGCUACCAGGAGACUAUCAUUGACGUGCUGAACGAUGCUAUCUUUGAUGAGGACCACGACGAGAUGGUGAUUGUCAAAGACAUAGAUGUGUUCUCCAUGUGCGAACAUCACCUGGUGCCCAUCAUCGGCAGGGUUCACAUCGGUUACCUCCCUAACAAGCGAGUUCUGGGCCUCAGCAAGCUGGCCAGGAUUGUCGAGAUCUACAGUCGCAGACUACAAGUUCAGGAGAGGUUGACCAAACAAAUCGCCGUGGCUGUCACCGAGGCCCUGAAGCCCACCGGGGUCGGCGUCGUCAUCGAAGCCACUCACAUGUGUAUGGUGAUGCGAGGUGUCCAAAAGAUGAACAGCAAGACCAUCACCAGUACCAUGCUGGGAGUCUUCAGGGAAGACCCAAAAACCCGCGACGAGUUUCUCACGCUGGUCAGAAGCUGAAGUUCUUCCUUCGACUGUUGACAGGGGUUACCGCCAUUUGCACGGGGACCAGUUCGUGAACACCUGUAUGUGUCUGUCUGUAUGUAUUCAUCUUACCAAAGGAAGCAAAUGUCCAUAGGGUUACAAUGACCGUAAUUUUCGGACUGUAUAGCACAGCUAUAAAUCGCACAGACUAAAUUUCACAAAAUUUAAGAAAAAAAAAAUCCAUAUAUACAGUCUACGCCAUACCUGACAAUAAGCUGCACGUGCCCAUGUCUCAAUAUGGGAGAUUUACAUGGAGAGAUGUUACACAGAAAUUUCUGAUUAAUCAAAAAUAUCUUAAUCAACUAAAGAAGAACACGUCAACAUGCCAAGUUAAGUUCUCAUAUGCAACAGCCUGUCAGUUGUGGGAGCAAGACACCCUAAAGCAGGGGUCGGGAAUCUUUUGGGCUGAGAGAGCCAUGAACACCACAUAUUUUUAAAUGUAAUUCCGUGAGAGCCUUACAAUAUGUUUAAAACUAAAAAUACAAGUAAUGUAAUGUGUGUUUAUACUGUAUAAUUUGAACACUUUUAAAGUUGUCUCUGAAUUCUUUUUAACAAAAUUGUUAUGCUGUUGCUAAUUAAUUAUGAGUAUUUCUUUCCAUUGAUGCGACUUCUGGUGCUGCAUAGUUUUGCUGAUGGCUUUGUAGUCUGGUUGAAGGCUUUAAGAAACUUAGGAUGCGUCUCUUUUCAUGUUCACAAAGCGCCACGAAUCCUGUUUUUCCCCACCACGCACGGCGCACCAUCAGUGCACAUCGAAACAAGUUUAUCCAUCGGUAAAUUUUCCUCUUUAGCCAACUCAGUGAAGGACUUGAAUAAAUCCUCCCCUCUUGUUGUCCCUUUCAUAGUCAAAGCUGCGAGACUUUCCUCAAGUAGUGUGUCACCUGCUGAAAAGUACGAUACUUACCUCAUUUUUUCUUUUAGCCCUUUUCUCAAAGGGUUUCUAAAAUUAGCUGAAAACGCGAUUAAAACGAGGGACGUUUCGUGAUCUCGCGCACAUCGGACGCUAUUUUCUGCAGCAAAACACGGCAACCCCACUUGAACAGUGUCUCUGCCUCAAUUGCGUUGCCUGUGAUAUUGGAUUAAAAAAAUAGCCACAACGACAUAUGGCGGAAAACACUCAGGUCACUUGAAGUUCCGCUCUGAGACCCCCAAUUUGGCCAAAUUUCAAAAUUGUCUGAUAUGCAUGUGUGAUACAUCAUUGGAAAGCUUAAAAUCUCAAUUUUCUGAGGGAAGAAAAUUUUUGAACAGGAGGGCAUUUGAAAAAAAAAAGUUUUAAACAGCAAAACCCUAACUGGAGGUGAGAGCACGCGAGAGCAGAAUUAAAGACGCCAUGAAACUAAUGAGAUAUUAUCGCAUACUUACUUUGUUUCGAUCCAACAACUCCAUGUAGCAUGUACCAUCAAGUGUCAAGACACAGAUGUGAAUGGCCACAGCCGGAUUUUGGGGGGAUUUUAUGGGUGAAACAUGGUGAUAUAACAAAGGUCGCGAUUUAGAAAUCGCAGACAUCAAGGAGUGGUCGAGAUGUUCUUUUUCAUAUAUUUACCCUUUUAAACUUUUUUUAUUUUUUCAAUUUUUCUUUGAUUGAUUAUUUAUCAUCUAACCUAUCGGGCAAAAUGCGACAGUAACAAAAAAAAAUACAAUGAAGCCAUACUUAUGAGGUAGAUAUCGGUGUCUUUUUUUACAGACGCCGUUUUUUUUUAUUGUGACGUAAUUUGCUUAAAAGUUUAAAGUAUGUGAGUUAGUAAUUUUUUAAAGUCAUUUUUUUUAAACGAAGUAUUAGACAUCAUUUAAUGAUUCCAAGCUAAAAAUGACAGACAUUUUGUAUAAUAAAUAUAAUUAAUUACCUUCUUUUUAUGGCUAGGUUGAAACAAAAGCGGUUGCGCGACGUCUGUAAACUGGGGUUUCCAGGGUAAAACGGACAAAUUCAAAAUAGUUUGGGGGCUUAAUGCGUCAUGAAUCUGCUAUAGCAGCAUAUAGACAUAUUGUUCUAUCAAACACAACAGUUGUUUUGGCUUCAAAUACAGCAGUUUCUUUUAAAGAGGGGUGCAAGACCAGAAACUGCUAUUUCAGUCUUGUCUUUGUUUUCCGCCAUAAAUGUAUGCCACUUUCUAGUCGCCGGUGACCGUCGCCGUUUCGCUAACUUUAGUGGCCAGAGAUGGCACAACGACAUAAAAAUUUAAUGCAUGCAAGCUCGUUCCAAAUGAACUGAACAGGAGGCUCGGACUGGAUGAAAACAAUUUAUUUUGAAAAAGAAAUAACAAGAACGGGAAAGUGCAUGUGCAAGAAGUGAGGCUGGUAUAAUUAAAACAAACAAUCUUAAUAAUCAGUGGCCGUUAUAAAAUAACUCAAAAAACAGCACUGCUAAAAGCCACCCUGGUUAAAAACGCACAGCAAACGCCAGCCCCGCAAACCCUGUAUAUUGCGCAAUCCUGUGGACUUAAUAAAUGACUAAAUUAAAAACUAUGAACCCUUAAAAAUACUGAACAAGGAGGGAAAAUCAGUGGCACACGGCAAGGUAAAUGUCCUCUGUGAAGGAUAUAAGACAGACCCUCUGCUGCUGAAGCUGUACAGGUGCCUUGAUACAUCCACUGUGUAUAGCUAUUAUUUCAACCGACUGCCACACGCAUCAUCAGACUCUGGCAUUCUCCACUCCCGCACAUGUCCUGAAUCUUGCCUGAUCACUGGAUUGCCAAAGAAAAAGUGUGAGCGCCCCUUACUGGUUGCUCUUUUUAAAGCUUCCCCUGUAGCCCUUACGCCCGCCAGGUUUAAAUUAAAGAUUUUUCUGCGAGCCAGAUGCAGCCGUAAAAUAGCCAUAUUUGGCUCGUGAGCCAUAGGUUCCUGACCCCUGCCCUAAAGGCUGAGUUAUGCUUCUGCAGCAGACCUACGCCGUCAAGGCAGACCGGAUUUAUGACCCUCCGCCGUAGCCUAACGUGCAGCUUCACAAAAUUCUGUGGUGACGUGACGCAAAUGGACUGUGAUUGGUCCGCUCAGACUGUUGUUUCCGGCUCAGCGUGAAAUCACAGCCAUUUACAAACAUUCUUGUGCUAAUGACCACCUCCGCAACCGUCUUCUGCAUCACCAGCGCCUCAAAAUUUGUAUGAUCAACAUUUGUUGUUUAAAGUUGAUGAGCUGAAGACCAACAUUCAAGCGUUCCAUCUCCGUUGGCAUUGUUGUGUAACAGGAAGAAAACUACUUGGCGGUGAAUUACAGAGCAACGCGUUCCCUUGCCGCAGAACUAUCGAAUGCUCAUUGGCGCCGUAGUCGCUACACCGACACCGCAACGCAGAAGCAUAACUCAGGCUUAAGUCCAAUUUAUGUUCAGCUAAACCUUUACAAACAAUGAAAAACUAAAAAGAAGACGAAAUAUAAUUAAUUUUACCUAACCUUCUAUGCUUGAUGUGGACGAGGUUGCCUUAAAAAUCCCUGCUAUAGCAUUUGAUAUAAUCAGGCCCAGGGCUAAAGGGUGACGCGAGCCCUUAGGCUAGGUUCAUACCGAAAGUAUUAAUUCGCUAUUCCGAUUUUUUUGGCGUGCCCGUUCAGACUGCCUUUGUCUAUUGAGCACGCUCAAAUAUUGCGCAUGCGCAGUAACUCGCAGUCUGACACAGAGGUUGCGCUAGACUUAUUCGUUGUCUGUCAUUUUGACUGACAGGGUCAUAAAAAUCCGGUCAUAAUCUAUUUUUACCCGUCACUUAAAUUUUAAAAUGAUGAUAAUGACAUUGUUGUGACCCUUUGCUUGGCAUAAUUCACCUUCCAUACUUGUGUGUCCAUUUGGCCGAGCGCGUUAGCGGCUACGACACAGUCAUGUGGCAGAGACACUUAAGAGCCGCGUGCGUUCCGGCUUGAAUAGAGAGUUCACAGAGAGCAGCAGAGCUACAGCGGCUGGACACAGCAAUUCGAGCUAACAAGACUCUUAACAUUGCAUACCGCUUCAACAUAUUCAAUAGUAUUUAGUUUUCAUUAAUUUUAAAUUAAUAUUCUGUCCGAACAAGCUUAACAGAGAAUCCACACCGUGCCAUCACACAUCAAGCAGAUGAUAUGUAACUUUUUCUCCGCAGUGACAAAAACAGCUGACUGUGGCCCAGUAGGUAGGCUACAUUAUGGAACAAUGAAAUUAACAGUUCACCUGCUGUGGCCUGAACGGAGUCUUACACCUUCCUCCUGGUGCGCAUGGACUUGAAUUGCGUGCCCGCUUGUGCAGUCCCUGUUUUUUCACCUCUUUUAUCAACACCAUCGUCGUUUUGGGGCUUUUUGAAGAAACUUCGGACACUCAGUUGCCUUGACAUUUUUCAGAGUAAAGCCAACGACGUCAUGCAUCAAGAGAGACAAUAGCUAAUUAAUAUGAUCACUCGCCACCCUGUGGUCUGGGGUGUGAAUUGCAACCUGUCAAACUGACAGGUGGACUUCAUUUUUUUCCGUCACCGUUUUAAAAAAUCGGUCAAUGACGGAAAAUAUUCGGUUAACGCGACCCCUGAUCUGACAUGCGCUUAGCAAACUGACCCGCAUGCGCAGAAGCAUUAAAACAAACAACUACACAUGCUGGCUCUGUAUCAUUCUAGGGCAGGGGUGGGCAAACCGGUCCUCGGGGGCUGCAGUGGCUCCUGGUCUUUGUUCCAACUGAUUCAGCACAGACAGUUUAACCAAUGAGGUUUUAGCGGAAACAAGAAGCACUUGACUGUAAUCAACUGAUUGUUCCAGAUUGGUGAAAGGCUGGCCUCAUGGUGGGUAUGAACAAAAACCCGCACCCCCUGCGGCCCUUUGUGGAAUAGUUUGCACACCCCUGUAAUCAUAUUUUAAAUUUACAAAUACAGGACACAAAUAACAGACAUAAAUAAUCCCUGCUUAGUCUCAUAUUCAAAGUUCAUAUGGAUUGAUAGACCGCAUGCACCGUAUGUGUGUGCGUCGUGCAUGCACGCACAUACAUACGGUCAGUUUGCCCCGACUUUCAGCCAUGUAUGCAAUAUUGAUAUACAGUACUGCUCAUUUACCACACAGAGAAAAAAAACGAGCAUUCUGAGGCUUGAACAACCCCCCCCCCCAUUUAAUUUUUUUGUCUGACUUUUGCAUUCCUGUCAACCCGAGGCUGUUGGCAGUCUUACAAACAGUGACGUAUGUCCUUACAAAUUGGUGACUAUCUUACAACGUUUUAUAUACUGUAGCGUGCAAUAGACCCUACCCACCGACAUCACAAAAUCACGUGAUCGCUGUAUUGUUCCGCCCCCUUGUCCGUCAUUUUGUGUCUGUAUUAUCAAUGGUCUCAAUUGAUCGAGCAAUUUAUAAUGCAUUUCAUGGAAGACCCGGUGCUUUCGGAUGCCGUAAACUCACUUGAUGCGUUGCAUAAAAGGCGUUAUGUGGAAAAGCUUCAGUUUAUCCAUUCGCCAGAUCCAUAUUUGAUGCCUAAAUCGAUGUUUUUCGACCCGCUGUCUCUGCUAGCUACCCUGAUAUUUACAACUAUCUUGUCCACACAAAAUCAGCCUAUUCUCACGAAAGUUUGAAAAACUUUAAGAGCUUGGAGGCUUAUAAAUACUUCGUUGCUGGUUGGGUGAAACAGGUCCUCGUCCACGAAAAUUCGGCAGGAAUCUAUCUUGUGCUUGGAAAGGUGAGUUACGAAAUUUUCAAUUCAAAAUCUUUUGUUCUUGCUAACAUCCACUGUCAAGUCUAAUGUAUUUCAUGUCAUUUGUCAAUGGAGCUAGGACUUUUAAUGUUUAUAUGGUUUAGCGAUAGCACUCUCACUACAUACAUACGUGUAUGUUGUCGGCGAUUAGCCUAGCAAUGAUCUUAAUUGUGGUUGUCAGCCCAAAACCCUCUAAAUAUAUAUUAAAUGCAUCUUACCAGAUAUAAAAUGACUACUACAUAAUCUGUGGUAAUCGUUUGGAGCCCAGUUUUCUCGUCGAAUUGCAGCAGCCCAUCUCGCUCUCUCCUCUCCGGGUCUCUCGGAAUCCGGUAGAACUUCAAGUCUCUCCGUCUAUCUUCUCUGUUAUUGCAACCGACCGCCACACACGCCUUCACCAUUUUGAUUAUUAAUGUUAACGAGCAGAAAAACACGCCGUAAAUAGGAGGAAUGUACGUAGCCGUAACAGGUAAACACGACGUGUUGACGGACAAUUGGGCGGCACCAGUCAGGAGAGCGGAGUUGUGACGUCACGUGGGUAGGGUCUAUAUGAAACAAAAAUAAAACUCAAUUUUUAAAAUAAUAUGAAUUUUUUGGUUAUAUUGUCACGUAUAACCUGGUCCAAUUAUAAAUUAAAAAGGUCAAUCGAUAAAAUUAACUUACCGAUGCAAUCUUUGAGUCAGGGGACAUUUCUUUUGGUAAUUCUGAGAAGUGAUCAGCAACAGUUGCAGGCAAAUUCUGUUCGGCAACAAAUUGGCUGAAUUUCUGCAUCUUUAUGACCAGUGUUGUUAAUCUUAGUUUAAAAAAGUAAUUAAUUACAGUUACAAAUUACUUCUCCCAAAAAGUAAUUGAGUUAGUAACUCAGUUACCUGAAUGUAAGAGUAAUUAGUUACUUGGCAAAGUAACUGGUGUUACCUUUCAUGUUUUUUUUUCAUUCAAAAAACAAAAAAAAAACAUAGUAACCUUUGCUAUGUUUGGAAGUCAUUUAAUGUUGUAAAUCAACCGUUAAAGCUCUCAUUUUGCAUAAGUUCCCUUCUGUCUCCUUUCGACAUGUGAAAGUUUUAAAACUGUUUCAUCAUUUAAAGACAGAUUCAAGUCCAGAUUUUGUUGGGAGUAUUUUAGAUAAAAGUUACUUAAGUUCGCUAGGAAGGUUCACUACAACAGCCUUCCUGAGAACGCAGGUCACACUAUGUGAAGUUCAAAGGGUUUUUGGGACAAUUGGCCCUAUCCCAAUUCUUUACCCUAAACUUAAAGAGCAUACGACAGGAGAAAAAAAGUCCUAAAUAGCAUUAUUAUGUGAAUUAGAAUCAUAUUUUGAGACGAUUCGACUAUAUACAGCAAAUUUGCAAAGAACACAUGACUAGAAAUUACACUUUUAAUCUGCCGUUCGGCCCCUCCUCCUAUUAACUAGACACAGGGGUAUUGACAUAACUAGAUAGUAGCCUUUGCUAUGUUUGGAAGUCAUUUAAUGUUGUGAAUCAACCGUUAAAGUAGUUAAAAUUGCUCCCAUUAUUGCAUUAGUUCCCUUCUGUCUACAUUCGACAUGUGAAAGUUUUAAAACUGUUUCAUCAUUUAAAGAUAGAUUCAGAUAGAUUCAGCGAAGAUAGAUUCGCUGUUUUUAACAGCGUCACAACACUCUUCCCUCCUUCCCACUCCUCUUUCUUCUCUCUCCGUGUCUCUGACUUUUGUCGCGUCAUUCAACCAACGUAGUAACGCACAUUGACAUGUUGACAAAACGGUGACAAAAUCCGAUCGGAGAAAAAAAACGUAAUGCACGAAAAACGUACAGAUUUUGAACGUACGGUGUACACAUUUAAUAAUCGGUGCUCACUUGUACAGAUUACGCCGAAACCGUACAACUUGACAGGUAUGCUGUUGUCAAGCUCGCCUCUUCCCAGAAAGCCGAGUUCAAGCUAGGCGCUAACGCUACUGUACAGCUACAUAGCUGCCGUCCUCCGUGCCUCUCGCUCUUUGCUGACGUAAUUGCUGCAUGAAUUCCGAUUUGGGAGACUUGACCGUUCAGCCCGCUGCAACAUUUUGGAAAAAUGUGGCCCAGAUCAGAUUUAAACCACAUACGAAGGUGACCCAGAUUGGAUUUGAAAUGGGCCACUUCUAUGCGACUUGUCCCAUUCAGACCGUCAAGUUAAUGCCUCAUUUGAGUCGGGAAAAGAACAAAAAAUCGGAUUCGUGCAUUAAGACCUGCAGUAUGAAACUAGCCUUAGUGUAGCAGCCUUGUUGUAGCACAGUGUGGCAAUCCGUGUCAAAGUCAAAACACACACAGGACUAGCCUUGAACUGUUAUUAUCUGGAGCUUUGGAAAAGACCCCGAUAGUGUUAUUUCUGUUUUUUUUUUGUUUUUUUUUUAUAAUGGGAGUUCUUCGGUGCGCCACACAGCCCAAACCGUUUGACCGAUUGGCACCAUUCAAAUAUCAAAACGACCGGAAUUUUCACGCGAUGCAGGGAAUUUUUCGAACGACCCCGAAAAUUUUUCCGUUUGCCCGUAAACACCGACUUUUCACAGAUUUUGGGGAAAAAAUGUUUUUCAAAAUGUAUCUAGUCCUACAAUUUUUGACCAGAUCACAUAAUUUGGACAUAAAAAAUUCCGGGACGGUGAGGGGCAUAAAAGUUGUAUACAGAAUUUGGAAAAAAAUUACAGUUUCCCGGAAAUUUGCCAAAACUUUCCUAUUCAUUUCAAAUGGGAUGCAAUGUUCAAAUUUCCCAUUCACUUCCAAUGGAAUUUACAUGAUGCCAUUGACAGCAAUGUAUGUCGAAUCUAUUGAUGUCAAUGUAUUUGGAUUCCAUUGACGCAAAUGUAAGUCGAUGCCAUUGACGACCAUGGACGUCCAAAUUUACCAUUAAUUUCCAAUGUCAUUCGCAUUGCAUUGACGCACAAGUACACAAUUGCAAAUGAAGGCUAUGCACGUCCUUGCCAUUGACGUUCAUGUAUGUCGAUUCUAUUGAUGCCAAUGUACUUGGAUUCCAUUGACGCAUAUGUAAGUCGAUGCCAUCGACGGCCAUGAAUGUCCAAAUUUCCCCAUUCAUUUCCAAUGGCAUUAACAUAAAAUUGAGGCCAAUUUAGUCGGAUGCCAUUGAUGGCUAUGUAUAUCAAUUCUAUUGAUGCUAAUGUAGCUAGAUUCCAUUGAUGCAUAUGGAUGUCAAUGUCAUUGACGGCCAUGGACGUCCAAAUUUCCCAUUCAUUUUCAAUGGCAUUUACUUUGUUUAAUGCCAUUGACGGCCAUGUUUGUUGAUUCUAUUGAUGCCAAUGCACCAAGUGUCCCCAAAUCAACAGGAAGUGACCUGAUAUUGUCCCAUAAAUGUCCCAAACCAACCUGGGCGGGGCUAAGAUCUGUACCUCCACACAGCAAAGACCCGGAGUAAUUUCUCCAGAAAUUGCGUUUCUAGUUCUGUAAUGGGAUCAAGCAUCUGACGGAAACUUCCCAGACAAUAAAGUCUUCUUAGAAUUGGUUGAAAACGGCUAAUGAGCUUUAGUGUCACAUCCUCAGCUUGUAGCAAACAGUGGAUGUCCAUCCGUUCAAAAUAUUUCUUUUGUUGCAGUAUUUAUCAUCAGAUGGAGUCCUAUUCAUCCGAGUUUUUGAUGGUAUGACAAAGCUUUUAGCAAGCUUUGUCGAUGCUUGCGUACCAGCAGAGAACCAUGUCAUGGGAAAAAUUAUUAUCCAUUAUUAUAGAAUAUGUCUAAUUAUCCAUGGUUUGACUCAACUCACUCACUCCCAGCCUUCGCUCCCGGCCGUUUUACUGGAUUUUGACUGAUUUUGCAAGGCCCACAGAAAAUUCUGUUCUAUUGCUAUAUAAACAUUGAACCCACCAAAAGAAAGAUUAGACUCUCUUCUUUCAGCAGGAAAAAAGUUAGUUCAUAUCUUUUUCCAUUCUUUAGAAAUCAGCAUUAGAAAAUCGCUUAGUUUGAGCAAUUUUCCAAUUUCUGAUGAAAACACAGAGAAAUUGAGAUUUUUGUGAAAGCAUACAUUUCAAACAUAACUUUGACUUCAACACAGCAAUUUUUUGCUUUAGUUACAUCCCAAACAUCUGAAUAAUGUUUUCCUUUUACAAACUAACAUGAACAACAAGACAAAUAGGGAUUUUGAUAGCAAAGUAACAAUUUAUUUACACAUAACUAACUGAGAGCUGAUGCUGUUGUUGCCGCGACAGCCACGUAAACUUUUCCCUCAUCGCCGCCUAUCUCAUAAAGAUGGAUUUUUUUGAGUCUCUGCGGGGUCUGCUCGGCGAGCAGCACGGACUCAACGACAUUGUCCGCUGCACUGGUGAUCCCGGUCGUUCUGCUCAGUCGUCCAGCGCCUGGCAUCCCGGGCGUCCUUUCGGUUGUUCUGCUCGGUCGUCUGCCGCCUGGCAUCCUUCCGCCGGCGCCCCGGCCGUGCUGCCCGGCCGUUCGUUGCCGUUGAAUCGGGUUGCGGGUCUUAACAAAUGCGCUACUGCCCUCCAGUAGCCAGUUUUAUUGCUUUAAAAUGGAUUUUCAGGUUUGUGCUUUGGAGCUCAGUUUAAUCAGAACCCAGAGAUGUCUUUCAUGAAAAAAACGUAAAAGACAUAUAAAUACGUCUUUGGGACACUGAAACAAUUAAAAAUAGAACGUAUUUAUACGUUUUUGGGAGCAAAUGAGUUAAAUGGCUCUUCUCUUAGCAAGUCAGCGUGAACCUGAAAUAGUCGUUUUCACACAAACUGAGCCUAUGGAGUUAACUAGCCAAGAAUGCAUUUGGAGACUAGCGUACACACCAAGUGCGCACGGAUACUCACGGUAACUCAACAAUGUUGUCAAAAUGGAACACUUUGUUGUAAAAGUAGUGGCUUAUAGUCCGAAAAAUACGGUAACCAAAGUGAGGAAUUCACAAGAAAAACAAUGUUUUAUAAUAUUUUUAACAGAUUUUAUUAGCUAAUUUGCUGCCAUUGAAAGUGCUAUACAUCUAAUCCAUUUUGACUGGGAUCAUUCACUGCCACCCCUCCCUGUCAAAAUGGAAUGGACGCCAUUUGCCGUCAAUGGCAGAGAAUGAGUAAACUGUGCACACAUCUGCCUCAAUCAAGAAGGUUCUGGGUCCAAUUCCCUUGUCUGGAUCUUUCUAUGUGGAAUUUGCAUGUGCUUUUCGCCAGCUUGCUCUACAUGACUAAAAUGUGUUCAUUGACUAAAGUGCCCGCAGAUGUGAAUGUGAACGGUUGUCUUUCUUGAUGUGUUAGUCCUGUGUUUGACAGGUGAUCAGUCAGCUGGGAUACCACCACUGUUUAGAAAAAAAAUAUCAUUGCUAAACAAAAAUGUUACUUUGAAAUGUUUUGAAUGCUAGAGAUAAACAAUAUAUACAUAUAUGUAUUCUAUGUAUUAUUUUUUUCCUCUUAUGGAAGGUUCUGUCUGUAUGUGCCAACUUGAAUGUGUCGCUGAUUGUGACUUCAACUCAAAAUCAAAUUGUGUGCGUUUUCUUGUGCCAGCAAGUGUCUGCUAUGUGUUGAAGUUUGUGCAGUAUUUGGUUGCAGGGUGUGUGGAGUUAUGAGCGUGACUCAUUUUGUGUGGCCUUGAGGCGAGGGAAGGCCAGUUGUAUGGCUCCAUCACUAUUAUUGUCACUUUAUGUACCUUGUUUAUUUGGACUUCUUCAUCUAUAAGAAUACAUUCAUGUAAUAAGAGUAAACAAUAUGUUGUCUUUCUGUCAGGCUCCUGUGACUUCAUUUUGAAGCCAAUGCGGUCUCGGCGAACGGCAGGGAACAUUCAUUUGUGCAGCGCAACAAAACUAACUUUUACGUCAUUGUGACUUCAAAGAAACAUUAUGCAAUCAUUUGAAUUCAUGGAAAAUUCUUGACCAUCUUUAAACAAACCUUUCACAAGAUAGCACAAUUAAACAUAAGACUUAAGUCACAGUAACACGAAAAUUAUGUUUGUUUUUGUUUUGUACAUGCAAUGUACAAGCAAAACAAAGUGUACUUUUAACAAUACUGUACUGUAGUAGUCAAAAUGGAUUGGACGCCUCGUGCCGCCAAUGGCACUGAAACAUAAGGAUUGACAGCUAGUCUUCCCAGUUUAAAUGAAUUGGACAUUUAUUGCCAUCAAUGACAUGAAAUGAUUAAAAUACUAUGAAAACAAACAACAACAACAACAACAAAAAAUCAACUUUCUAGUGUUACUUGAGCCUUUUUUGUUCAUUUUCAUUUGUUUUUAUUAACAAUAUAUUAAUUUAUAAAUGUACUUAUAAUUAUAUAAAAUAUAUUUACAAAACAGUCAUGUUUGAUCAUUAAAAAACAAAAUAAAAUUAAUUAUAUAUAUAACAAUUGCUAAUAUUUACGUUUUUUUUUUAACGACAAAAAAACUUGAUAAAGGGAAGUGUCAAAUUUUGAGAUCACAACCAGACUUUUCUGUCUUCCAAGACAAGACCGAAAAAAUCCUGUUGACAUGAAUGGCUGAAAACUGGAAAAAGCUGCCUCAACUGAAAUUCAGCAAGCCCUUGGCGGAAUUAUUACCAAUGGAGACGCAGCUAGUGUCGGCCACAGCUGCAC